AUGGAGGAACUGGUUAUGAGAAGAGAAGCUGACGUGCAUGCCCAAAACGAAAAUGGUGAAGCGCCACUGCACCUAGCCAUUCAGAAUGGACAAAAAGAUAUCGCACAACUCCUCGUAGAUCAGGGUGCCGAUGUCAAGUUGCAAACUCGAAGGGGCGAGACACCGCUUCAUUUUGCUGCGCAAAGCGGACAAGAAGAAGUUUGCAGGUUGCUACUCGAGAGAGGAGCUGACGUGAAUACCGUAGAAAGAUAUCAGGGUGCCGAUGUCAAGUUGCAAACUCUAAGCCGCGAGACACCGCUUCAUUUAGCUGCGAAAAGCGGAUUAGAAGAAGUUUGCAGGUUCCUACUCGAGAGAGGAGCUGAUGUGAAUGCCGCAGCAAUAGAUGAAUACACGGCACUGCACCUAGCCAUUAAGUAUAGACACAAAGAUAUCGAUCAGGGUGCCGAUGUCAACUUGCAAAAUGAAAGUGACAAGAAGACACCGCUUCAUUUAGCUGCGAAAAGGGGACUAGAAGAAGUUUGCAGGUUGCUACUCGAGAGAGGAGCUGAUGUGAAUGUCGUAGAAAUAAAUGAAUACACGGCACUGCACCUAGCCAUUCAGUACAGACACAAAGAUAUCGGUGCCGAUAUCAAGUUGCAAACUCUAAGCCGCGAGACACCGCUUCAUUUAGCUGCGAAAAGCGGACUAGCAGAAGUUUGCAGGUUGCUACUCGAAAGAGGAGCUGACGUAAAUGCCCAAGAAGUAAGUGGAUACACGGCACUGCACAUAGCCAUUAAGUAUAGACACAAAAUUAUCGUACAACUCCUCGUAGAUCAGGGUGCCGAUGUCAACUUGCAAACUCGUAGGGUCGAGGAGACACCGCUUCAUUUAGCUGCGAAAAGCGGACUAUCAGAAGUUUGCAGGUUGCUACUCGAAAGAGGAGCUGACGUAAAUGCCCAAGAAGUAAGUGGAUACACGGCACUGCACAUAGCCAUUAAGUAUAGACACAAAAUUAUCGUACAACUCCUCGUCGAUCAGGGUGCCGAUGUCACCUUGCAAACUCGUAGGGUCGAGGAGACACCGCUUCAUUUUGUUGCGCGAAGAGGACGAGAAGACAUUUGCAGGUUGCUACUCGAGGGAAAAGCUGACGUGCAUGCCCAAAACUAUCAGGGUGCCGAUGUCAAGUUGCAAACUCGAAGGGGCGAGACACCGCUUCGUAUUGCUGUGCGAGAAGGACGAAAAGAAGUUUGCAGGUUGCUACUCGAGAGAGGAGCUGACGUGAAUGCCGAAGAAGUAAGUGGAUACACGGCACUGCACCUAGCCAUUGAGAAUAGACACAAAGAUAUAGUACAACUCCUCGUAGAUCAUGGUGCCGAUGUCAACUUGCAAACUCGAAGGGUCGAGGAGACACCGCUUCAUUUUGUUGCGAGAAGAGGACUAGAAGAAAUUUGUAUGUUGCUACUCGAACGAGAAGCUGACGUCAAUACACAAAACUGUGAGGGACAAACGGCACUACACCUAGCCAUUGGGUAUAGACACAAAGAUUUGGUACGGCUCCUCGUAGAUCAGGGUGCCGAUGUCAAGUUGCAAACUCGAAGGGGCGAGACACCGCUUCAUAUUGCUGCGGGAAAAGGACAAGAAGAAGUUUGCAGGUUGCUACUGAAGAGAGGAGCUGACGUCAAUGCCGAAGAAGUAAGUGGUUACACGGCAGUGCACCUAGCCAUUGAGUACAGACACAAAGAUAUCGUACAACUCCUCGUCGAUCAGGGUGCCGAUGUCAAGUUGCAAACUCGAAGGGGCGAGACACCGUUUCAUCAAGGUGCCGAUGUCAACUUGCAAACUCGAAGGGUCGAGGAGACACCGCUUCAUUUUGUUGCGCGAAGAGGACUAGAAGAACUUUGCAGGUUGCUACUCGAGAGAGACGCUGAUCUGCAUGCCCAAAACUGUGAGGGACGAACGGCACUGCACCUAGCCAUUCUGAAUGGACACAAAGAUAUGGUACAACUCCUCGUAGAUCAUGGUGCCGAUGUCAAGUUGCAUACUCGAAGGGGCGAGACACCGCUUCAUAUUGCUGUGCGAGAAGGGCAAGAAGAAGUUUGCAGGUUGCUACUCGAGAGAGGAGCUGACGUGAAUGCCGAAGAAGGUGCCGAUGUCAAGUUGCAAACUCGAAGGGACGAGACACCGUUUCGUAUUGCUGUGCGAGAAGGACAAGAAGAAGUUUGCAGGUUGCUACUCGAGAGAGGAGUUGACGUGGAUGCUCAACACGAGUAUGAAGAAACGGCACUGCGCCUAGCCAUUAAGGAGGGUCACAAAGAUAUCGUAGAAAUCCUCGUAGAUCAGGGCGCCGAUGUCAACUUGAAAACUUUUUGGGGUGAGACACCGUUUCAUUUUGCCGCGCGAGUAGGAGUGAAAGAAAUUUGCAGAUUGUUUCUCGAAAGAGGAUUUGACGUGGAUACCAAAAGCGAGAAGGGUGAAACGGCACUGCAUCUCGCCUUGCAAGAGAGACACGAAGGCGUCGUACAAUUCCUCGUAGAACAUGGUGCCGAUGUCAACUUGAAAGUUAAAGGGCGCGAGUCACCGCUUCAUUAUGCUGCGGGAGCAGGACUAGAAAAAACUUGCAGGUUGCUACUCGAAAGAGGAGUUGACGUGGAUGCUCAAAAUGAGUAUGGAGAAACAGCAUUGCGCCUUGCCAUUAAUCAGGGACACAAAGAUAUCGUAGAAAUCCUCGUAGAUCAGGGCGCCGACAUCAACUUGAAAAAUCGGUGGGGCGAGACACCCUUUCAUUUUGCUGCGCGAGUAGGAGUAAAAGAAAUUUGCAGAUCGCUACUCGAAAGAGGAUUUGACGUGGAUGCCAAAAGCGAGGAGGGAGAAACGGCACUGCACCUAGCCAUUCAGGAGAGACAUGAAGAUAUCGUACAAAUUCUUGUAGAAUAUGGUGCUGAUGUCAACUUGCAAACUCGAUGGGUCGAGGAGACACCGCUUCAUUUUGCUGCGCAAGUAGGACUAGAAGAAACUUGCAGGUUGCUACUCGAAAGAGGAGCUGACGUCGAUGCCCAAAGGGAAAAGGGAGAAACGGCACUGUGCCUAGCCAUACAGGAGAGACACGAAGGACUAGAAGAAAUUUGUAGGUUGCUACUCGAAAGAGGAGUUGACGUCGAUGCUCAAGACAAAUAUGGCGAAACGGCACUGUCCCUAGCCAUUCAGAAGAGACACAAACAUAUCAUACAAAUCCUCGUAGAUCAGGGCGCCGAUCUCAACUUGAACACUGUGUUGGGCGACACACCGUUACAUUUUGCUGCGCAAGUAGGACUACUAGAAACUUGCAGGUUGCUAUUCGAAAGAGGACUUGACCCAUUAAUGGGGGACACGAAGAUAUCGUACAAUUCCUCGUAG